GACACCAAUAUGCGAAACACCCACCAGCAGCUGAGCAGGACCACUUCGGCGAGACCAGGGCAGGAUGCGCGGCUCCAGGCUCCAGGGACAACCAUAGGGCUGCUCAAGUUUCUGUCAGACACCCCCCAGGCUGAGCAGGGGAGGACCAGGAGUGGUGAUGGUGUGAUUCGGGGCCAGCAGCCAAGGUCUCGGAGCGCAGGGCAGAUGACAAAGAAGGACCGGAGGCCACAGGCCCGGAACAAGAAAGGGCAUGGCUCUGCUGAGGCUGAAGAUCUCAUCCCUUCUUCUCCUCGGAAACCCUCCUUCCCCUUCCAAUGGGCCUGGGAGAGCUUCACCACUGACAGCCGGGCUCUACAUCAGCCUAGCUCCUUCUCGGUCCCUGGCUACCAAGUUACAUCCUUGCCCCAAGCACUUCUCAAGUAUAAGACCAUGUGCAAGUCCACGGCCACCCUCCCAGAGGCCCAAGGCUUCUGCUGGAAGACAGAAGUGCCAAACCUGGAGAGGAGCCAGCAGCUCAGGGCCCGCAGUGGCAGCCCCACCUCCUCCGGCAAAGGGAAGAGCCAAGAACUGGAAGGGCUCAGUGAAUGGGACCUCCAGCCAUCUGGGAAGAGGUCAGGGUCAGGAUCCGAGUCUGAGGAAGGCAUUGAGCUGGAAGCCCUGGGUGCUGAGGAGGCAGAGAGGGGCUUGAGCCUUGGGGAACUGCCCUACCUCCUCAGGAGAGGGUCGAUCUUAGAAGAUGAGCAGUUUGCAGAGGUGACAGAGGAGGCCGAGGAGGGGGAGCACAGGGCCCCCUAUAGAAGGAGGGCUGGUUCUCAGAGGAAGGGGCCCAACAUUUGCAAGGAGGCCUCCAGUGAGGGUGACCUGCAGGGCAAGGGGAACAGCUUGAGCUCCAACCUCAGAGGAUCACAGAGGAGGAAAUCAAGGGCCAAGGACCUGGAGGGGCCAUGGGACCUGGAGAAGCUGCAGAGGCAUUUACAGCAAGACUUGGACUGUGGCCCUGAAAAGCAGCCCUGGAAGGCUUUGCGGACUGCUGUCCAGGCCUCCAAUCGGAGUGGGAAGACCUAUGCCUUGGAAGAUGAAGAGACUUUCCUGUUUGCCAACUUUCCCAACCGUACCUUCCACAAACGACAGGAGGCCACGAGAAGCCUGCUGCAGGCCUGGGAGCGGCAGCAGCAGGAGGAGCGGCAGCAGGCUGAGCUGCGGAGGGCCCGGGAGCAGCGGGUCCAGCAGCAGGUGGCUCGCUGCCUGGCGGCCUAUGCGCCCAGAGAGAGCCGGGGGCCGGGGGCCACCCAGCGCAAGCUGGAGGAGCUGAGGCGGCAGGAGCGACAGCGCUUUGCUCAGUAUCAGGCAGAGCUGCGAGGCAUCCAGCACAGGGUGCAGGCCCGGCCCUACCUGUUCCAGCAGGCCAUGCAGGUCAACGCCCGGCUCUCGGUCACCCGGCGCUUCUCCCAGGUGCUCUCAGCACUGGGACUGGAUGAGGAGCAGCUGCUGGCUGAGGCAGAAAAGGGGGACAGAGAGGGCACCUCCAGGAAACCCAGGAGCCACAGGUCAACGGGGGCGAGAAUGGAGCACUCUUUUGAGAGUCCUCCAAAGACAGAGCGCACUGGAAGCCAGCCUGACAGGCACUCCACUCCAAGCCCAAACCAAGAGUCCAGCCCCUAA